CGAUAAGCGGUCGCGGAGACGAGCGAGAAUGGAUUGACGCUGAUCGCGCGGUGGUGCGUCGUCGGGAUCGCUGAUCGUGUCGGCCAUCGGGCUGUGGCAGGUGGUGGCGAGAGCCUCUUCGCGCGGAAAGCGUUGAAAGGCGAAGGGGUGGAAACGGCAGAGAUUGACGGCGAUGGAAAUAAAUCGAGGCCUAGGCUCCAUAACUUUAGGGACUAAUGGUACUGAGAGGGGUUUAUGUUGCUCCACGACCGAAGGACGCGGAUUCUGUCCGGAAAGAAUAUUGAUAACAAGGAACAAUCAUUAACGGUUGUGCUUUCAACGGACUCUCCCGACAACCUCAACAACGAAGCACAAAAUAAACCAAAAGCGACAGCGUUAAUUUGAUUUUUGCGGACUGAAGCGAGCCAUACUUGCGACAGCCUGUCUAAUUCACCGUAUGAGAUCGGCCAACAGGAAGAUGCAAGUUUGCACAGAAUUGGAACGAGAAGAGAGCAAAAAAGACAAGGCGCCGUGCAAAAGGGUGGCGGAAUCGGUAGGCGCCAUCACGCGGGCCCGCCGCGACCGUGUCGUUGAGAAGGGCGUCCAGCCAGCGUCCGGCCGCGGUCCCGACUCGCCGAAAAGAUGGUCAUGAUGGCUAGCAUGGACGACCACGAGCGCAAAGUCGUCCUCGAGUUCUGUCACCUGCUCGAGAAGAGCAAGCAGUUGUUCAACGGGCUGCGCGACCUGCCGCAAUACGGGCACAAGCAGUGGCAGGGUUACUUCGGACGGACCUUCGACGUCUACACGAAGCUCUGGAAGUUCCAGCAACAGCACAGGACGAUACUGGACACGAAGUACGGCCUCAAGAGGUGGCAGAUCGGCGAGAUCGCCAGCAAGAUCGGCCAGCUCUACUAUCACUACUACCUUCGUACCAGCGAAACGAGCUACCUGCACGAGGCCUACUCGUUCUACGCGGCGAUACGCGGGCGCGCCUACUACAGCCGCGCUGCUAAGGAAGACAGGAGCGAUCUGAUGGUGAAGAAGCUCAGGUACUACGCUCGCUUCAUCGUCGUCUGCCUGCUGCUGAACCGUAUGAAGCUCGUGCGGGAGCUCGUGCAGGAGCUCGACGCCCAAAUAGCCGACUACACCAGCACGUACGAGCCGGAGGAUCAGCUAGAGUGGAACCUCGUCCUGGACGAGAUCAAAGCUUUCGUCAAGGCCGAGUCCGCGGUUGGCGUCCUGCACUCCGACUCGAACCCGAUCGUGCUGACCCACAGACUCGGCCCGCAGACCUGCCCGCCCGUUGAACGAUCGCCACCCAUGUGCCUAUCUCUGCAAGAGAUCCUAAUCGUCGGCAAUUGCACCGACCAGGUGAAGUUCAGUGAGUUGUCGAUGGACAUGUUCAGAAUGCUGCAGACUCUCGAGCGGGAGCCCAGGGACGACCCGAAUCACCUGCACGACGCCUCGCCGGCCGGCCGGAUGCCGUUCCGACCCGGGCCUUAUCCUGGGCCUGAGAAUGGUGCACCGAGACGCGACAAUCCGCACAAGUACCUGCUGUACAAGCCGACCUACAGUCAGGUGCAGGUGUUCCUCGCGAGCGGCUUCAAGGAACUGCCGGCCAACGGCGCGUUACUGCUGUACCUGUCGGCGGACGGCUGCUUCUCCACCAUCAAGCACCCCGAAGAAAGGUACGACCUGGGUGGUGUGUCCACGUGCAGCAAGCGGGAUCCGGAGCACGGGAAGAGGCCGGCCGGUGGCAAGGAGCCGCACUGCCUCUAUCCGGGCGACCUGUACCCGUUCACCAGGAAACCGCUCUUCGUCGUCGUCGACUCGGACAACAGCUUCGUGUUCCAGCAGAUACCGCGCUACUUCGGCCAGCCGCUGAUGGUGCUCAUGUCACCGCAGGACGUGCCGCCGACCCUGCGUGACCUGCGACACGGUGGCAGCCUGUUCACCCUGUUCCUCCACGCCCCCCUCGCCGCCUUUUGCCUUAUAUGCAACGUCGGGAGCCUGCCCGUGCAACAUUGGGAGCGCUGCCAGCGUUACAUCGAGCGAUUCCUUAACGAGGCCAGUCAGCUCGUAACGCGCUCCCGAUGCGAGACCAGCGUGCUGCAGUUCUUCGGUGACGACUUCCUGCGGCUGCUGCUGGUGCGCUACGUGUUCUGCGACGUAGUGCUGAACCUGCAUCGCUCAUUUCGGGGCUACCAGCAGAGGCCGCGUUGCCAUCCGCCUCUGCCGAACGAGGACGUCCUCGAGCACCCCAACCUGCACCACUUGGUGCUCGACCUGGCUGCUUGCCUGGACGCCCGUGACCAUUUCUCGGACAGCAACGAGCUCGCCUGACCCCGGCAUCUUCCCUGCCCGACCCCCGACAAGACGAUGCCCCUGUUACCAUCUCACAACCACGAUUACGAUUACGACUACUGUAAUUACAAUUGCAACAAUAAAAUCGUUACACUGAGACCUCAGU